AUGGAUAUAAAACGGCCGCCCCGAUGGAGUAUUCCCCAUCAGACCGUCGUACCUGGCUAUCGACUACGCCCUUGCAACCUCCGACAUAAACAUGAGAUCACCAUCGGUUCUUCUCUGGGCUUUGGCCUCUCCGUGGCCGUGGCCACCUGCCCGCCUACAGGCCCCGUCCUCCCACCGCCCAGGCUGUGUACACCCGGAAACCUCACGGCCUCGCUCCAGCAGUCUCUGAAGCAACUCUCUACUCUUCCAUACCCUUCUUCAACAUGUCCACCACGUCAUUCUCUGUCCAAGUCACCUCUCCCAAGUAUACCUUCUUCGAGUAUCACCACACUGCACCCAUUAAGGGACCCUCGGGCGUGGAAAAAAGUCGACGGCAACACAGUGUACCGCAUUGCCUCAAUCUCAAAGCUAAUCACGGCAUAUGUCUUGCUGCUCCAAGACGGCAUCAACCUCGAUGAUCCCAUCACCGACUUUGUCCCCGAGCUCUCGGCCCCAGGGUUAGAGACGUACCGGGAUAUCACGCUGAGAAUGCUGAUGACCCAGAUAGGCGGUGCUGCCCGAGACACACUUGAUGUCGCGCUGAGGAUUCCCCCUGGCGCGGCCGAGAUGCUUGGUCUUCCUCCUGCCGAGUUUCACCCAGGUUACCCGACAUGCAACUUGAUCCCUGAUAAUCGGUGCACCCGAGAUGACCUUCUCGACACCAUUCGUACCGCGGGUAAUCCCUGGAAAACGGGGCAAAGGGCAGCAUACUCCAAUUUAGGCUUCCCCCUACUUGGGUAUGCCCUCGAGAACAUCUCUGGACUCCCGUACGGGGAAGUCAUCGGAAAAUACAUCAGAGAGCCUCUCGGCCUUGCCACCACGAGCUUGGAGCUCACGGCCCUGGAAGAUGCCAUCGUGCCCGUUGGCAUGGGUGCCGAAUGGAUCACCAUGCCCGUGGGCAUCUAUAAUGCCACCGCCGGCCUCUACUCCACACCCAAGGAAGUCGCCGAGAUCACACGCAGCAUCCUCAGCCACACCCUGCUCUCCGAAGCCCGAGUGAAUGCCUGGCUUAAGCCCGCCGUCUUCACCUCCUCCACGCACAGCGCUCGCCCGACCGAGAUCUACACCAAGGAGGGCGGCGUCCCUGGCUUUGGGUCCUACGUGGCCCUCGUCCCCGAGUACGGCAUUGGCAUCACCAUCAACGCCGCGGGCGAUGAUCCAGGUAGCGGACCCGAGGGUGGCUGA